CUUAUAAAACGGCAGCUCAUUAGGGUUUCAACUUCAUUGAGAUACUGUAAAGGAGGGCGGCUCGCUACAGCAUCAACCAUGGUUCUCAAGACAGAACUUUGCCGUUUCAGUGGUGCCAAGAUUUACCCUGGGAGAGGCAUCAGAUUUAUCCGUUCAGAUUCUCAGGUGUUCCUAUUCGUCAACUCAAAAUGCAAACACUACUUCCACAACAAGUUGAAGCCGUCCAAACUUACAUGGACAGCUAUGUAUAGGAAGCAACACAAGAAGGAUAUUGCACAAGAAGCUGCUAAGAAGAGGCGACGUACCACCAAGAAGCCUUACUCUAGGUCUAUUGUGGGUGCAACCUUGGAGGUAAUCCAGAAGAAGAGAACUGAAAGGCCAGAAGUUCGAGAUGCUGCCAGGGAGGCUGCUCUUCGUGAAAUUAAGGAAAGGAUCAAGAAGACAAAGGAUGAAAAGAAGGCGAAGAAAGCAGAGGUUCAGGCCAAGUCCCAGAAAGCUGGAGGAAAGGGAAAUAUGUCCAAAGGAGGUGCAUCUAAAGGUCCUAAGCUUGGUGGUGGCGGAGGAAAACGUUAAGCUGUUGUUUAUGUUGUUUCCUUAUUAGCAAUAGAGUGCCUUUGUUUGAAGAGACUGUAAGCGAAGACCUUCAUUUACAAGUAUCUCAUACAUCUGCAGACAAAUUUCUCGUUGACGGUUUUGCAUUUGGUUGCAAAUGCAGCUGUUGAUUCUCCACAUACUAUUGACUGCUUGUGGGUUCAUUCUCUAUUACAGAUGUAGUUUUUUGACUCCUAAACAAUAUAUUUUUGAAAUCUGUUUCUUCGAA